CUUGACGGCAGUGACAGGCGCAUGCGCAGUGUGGAGGCUCGGCGGUUGGUUGGGGUUGUGUUUACAGCUCGGCUGGAUGCUGUUGGCUGCUGAUCUUAUUGGGAGAGUGCAAUGUUGUGCCAAGCGCAGUUGGAACAAACGCAUAAGCGGGAAUAAAGGUGAUUUUGCUCAUCAUCUCCCACCACUUCCUCCUCCUGUCUCCCAUUCAUGAGCAGCGUGACUGAGUUUAACAGCGGCAGCCAUGGAUGACAAGGGCUCGGUCGGGAAGAUUAGCGUGUCUUCAGACUCAGUGUCCACUCUCAACAGUGAGGACUUUGUCCUUGUGUCCCGACUGGGGGACGAGACACCCUCCUCCACUAAUAAUGGUAGUGAUGACGAAAAGACAGGACUGAAGGUGAUUUCUGAGGAAGAGGUCAGCUUUAAGAUUGUUGGGAAUGGAAGUGAGCAGCAACUUCAGAGGGAGUUAGAGGACGUCCUCAUGGAUCCGUCAGUAGCUGACACUGGGCUUGGACCAGUAACGGGAAUGGACGGCCGUAGCAGGGAUGACCACAGUCCUCUUCCCACAUCACCUGACCCCCUGACUGCACCCCCCCCUAAAUUGGAGAUGGUGCUUCCUGUUCAGACCGCUCAAGAAAGUGAGCUAAAUGAGAGGUCUUACAGAGCAGAUGAAUCAUCAUCGGAAGGCAGCCCUAUUAGUCCCAUUCCAGAUGAGGACAGUGUUGUGUUCAGCCAGCUGACAUAUCUGGGCUGUGCGUCUGUCAAUGCACCCCGCAGUGAGGUGGAGGCCCUCCGUAUGAUGAGUAUCCUCAGGGGGCAGUGCCAACUACCCUUGGAUGUCACACUGUCUGUGCCAGGAGUAUCUGAAGGCACGGUCAGGUUGUUGGACCCACACAACAAUACAGAGAUUGCCAACUACCCUAUAUAUAAAAUCCUGUUCUGUGUGCGAGGCCAUGACAGCACACCGGAGAGCGACUGCUUUGCCUUCACUGAAAGCCACUACAACGCUGAGAUCUUCAGGAUCCACGUGUUUCGCUGCCAAAUCCAAGAGGCGGUGAGUAGGAUACUGUACAGCUUUGCCACAGCGUUUCGGAGGUCGGCUAAGAAGGCACUCCUGUCAUCUCAGCAGCCAGCUCCGCUCACCCCUGACAGUGACUUAUUUACCUUCACUGUGAGUCUGGAGAUCAGAGAGGACGAUGGGAAGGGCACCUUCAGUGCUGUAGCAAAGGACAAGGACAAACAGAGCUUUAAGCUCAGGGCAGGAAUGGACAAGAAGAUUGUAAUUUAUGUCCAGCAGACCUCCAAUAAGGAAUUGGCCAUCGAGAGGUGCUUUGGUCUUCUGCUCAGCCCCGGGAAAAAUGUGAAGAACAGCGACAUGCACCUGCUAGACCUGGAAUCAAUGGGAAAGAGCUCUGACGGGAAGUCUUACAUCAUUACAGGAAGCUGGAACCCAAACACGUCUCAGUUCCAGGCUGUAAAUGAGGAAACGCCCAAAGAUAAAUUCAUGUACAUGACAACAGCAGUGGACCUGGUGAUUACAGAGGUGGAGGAGCCUGUUCGUUUUCUGCUGGAGACAAGGGUCAGAGUGUGCUCCCCAAAUGACAGGCUGUUCUGGCCCUUCAGCAAACGCAGCUUCACUGAAACCUUCUACCUUAAACUACGACAGAUGGAGCGUAAGGAGCGCAAGAGCCCAGCAUCUGACACACUUUAUGAGGUUGUGAGUUUGGAAAGUGAGACUGAGCGAGAGAAACGAAAGACCACAGCUAGUCCGGGCAUCCUGUCCACCGGGUCGGGUCCCAUGGUUCCUUCACCUCCUGAAGAUGAUGAAGAGGAAGAUAACGAUGAGCCAUUACUCAGCGGGUCAGGCGAUGUUUCUAAGGAAUGUGCAGAGAAGAUACUGGAGACCUGGGGAGACUUAUUAUCCAAAUGGCAUAUGAACUUAUCGGUGCGUCCCAAGCAGUUGCCAGCCUUGGUGCGCAGCGGCAUUCCCGAGGCUCUGCGUGGAGAGGUGUGGCAGCUGUUGGCAGGCUGCCAUAACAACGACCACCAGGUGGAGGAGUACCGCACCCUUAUCACCAAGGAGUCCCCUCAGGACAGUGCCAUCACCAGAGACAUCAACAGGACGUUCCCAGCUCAUGACUACUUUAAAGACACUGGAGGAGAUGGACAAGACUCCCUUUACAAGAUCUGCAAGGCCUACUCUGUUUACGAUGAGGAGAUUGGCUACUGCCAGGGACAGUCCUUCUUGGCUGCUGUGCUGCUGCUGCACAUGCCGGAGGAGCAAGCUUUCAGUGUGCUGGUCAAGAUCAUGUUUGAUUAUGGGCUCAGGGACCUUUUCAAGCAGAACUUUGAGGAUCUCCACUGCAAAUUCUUCCAACUUGAGAGACUCAUGCAGGAAUAUUUACCAGACCUGUACAACCAUUUCCUGAACGUGGGUCUGGAGGCUCAUAUGUACGCGUCUCAGUGGUUCCUCACCCUCUUCACGGCCAAAUUCCCUCUUUACAUGGUCUUCCAUAUCAUUGACCUGCUACUGUGUGAGGGCAUCAGUGUGAUCUUCAAUGUAGCCUUGGCUUUGCUGAAGACAUCAAAAGAUGAUCUGAUCCAAUCCGACUUCGAAGGUGCGCUCAAAUUUUUCCGUGUCCCAGUUCCAAAGCGAUACCGGUCAGAGGAAAAUGCAAAGAAGCUGAUGGAGCUGGCUUGUAGCAUGAAGAUUAGCCAGAAGAAGCUGAAGAAGUUUGAGAAGGAGUACCACGUCAUCAGAGAGCAGCAGGAGCAGCAGGAGGCCCCUAUCGAGAGAUACGAGCGGGAGAACCGUCGUCUGCAGGAGACCAACAUGCGCCUGGAGCAGGAGAACGACGACCUGGCCCACGAGCUGGUUAGCAGCAAGAUAGCGCUGCGCAAAGACCUGGACAAUGCGGAGGAGAAGGCCGAUGCUCUGAAUAAGGAGUUGCUCCUGACCAAACAGAAGCUGGUGGAGUCUGAGGACGAGAAGAGACGGCUGGAGGAGGAAUCUGCACAGCUGAAGGAGAUGUGCAGGCGAGAACUCGAUAAGUCUGAAUCAGAGAUUAGGAAGAACGGCUCCAUUAUUGGAGAGUAUAAGCAGAUCUGCUCCCAGCUGAGCGAGCGGCUGGAGAAACAGCAGACGGCCACCCGAGGGGAGCUGGACAAGAUCCGGUCCAAAGUGGAAGGCUGUGAGAAGUGCAGCAGCCUUUUCAACAAGGAGGGCCGGGUCCGGGCCGCUGUGACCGCACCAGCUGCCGGGGGGGCUGAGGAGACGGAUGAGGAAAAGGAGGGCCUACAGAACCAGCUGAGAGAAAUGGAGCUGGAACUCGCUCAGACGAAACUGCAGCUGGUGGAGGCUGAGUGCAAGAUCCAGGACCUGGAGCACCACCUGGGUCUGGCCCUCAACGAGGUGCAGGCUGCCAAAAAGACCUGGUUUAACCGAACACUCAGCUCCAUUAAAACUGUCACUGGGACCCAGGGCAAGGAGACCACUUAACCUGAAGCCCCUCCACCCUAAUGCGCCCAGAUCACACCUGGAAAUCAGUGCAGGCCUCCAGCCAUCUGAACCCGACCCGCUGGGCCAUAACUCCAACACGAUCCCUAAAUGACCAUUUACAGACUGUGUUUCAUGUUCCACUUAUCGAGAAUGUCCUUGUGUUUCCCUCCCACCCCUCCUGAUCUAAUCAGCUCACACACCGCUUCCCCUCUCCACCCCGAAUGACUACAGCUGACCUUGCUGAUGGGAAGGGGUUGAAAAAUGCAAGAUGAAGUACACUGGUACCACUUUACCUAGAGAAACGAUGCGCUUCCACUGGCCACGGGAAGAAAAAGCUAAACACAGGGGAACAUGCGCCAGUGAUUUGUCUCUGUACUGCUGAUACUACAGACCCCCAGAAGGAAGGCUGGACAUCUGAACUGUAACUGUCCUGACGGGGAGUAGGUGAGAAAACACUCCGUUCCUCCUCCCUCCUAAACUACUGGCACAAAGCAAACCGGUCCCUGUACAUGUUUCCUUUUAGGUACGAGAGCUAACAGACGCCUUUUCAAUACUGAGCUUUUUCUAAUUUAUGUUGAACAAAACCUUCUUUUCUUAUUCUUAAGUACUUACAUGAAUGUGCAUGUGUGUGUGUGUGUGUGUGUGUGUGUGUGUGUGCUCAUGUGUUUGACCGAGAGCUUCUUUGAAUGCAUAAAUAAUUGACUGAAAUAACCAGAAGCUGUGUAUCGGUGUGAGAGAACGUGUGGACGUCCAAAGGAAAGAAAAAGCACUAAAGAUGUGAGUGAGCGCAUGCCUGGAAGGGAACACUUUGUCCUGGAUGUCUAGUUUCCUGUGAUGUUCAAACGCGUAUAUGACUGAUGCUAAUGAAAGAACUGAAGGUUGAGAACAAUGAUACUAUAGGACACGAAUGCAACAUAUUCGUGACAGCUGUUCUAUCGACAGCAGCUCGACUUUGCCCAUAUCAAACUUCAGAACGACGCAGACAUGUUUCACUGUCGUGGGUUUGGAUCUCAAUGCACAAACAAACUAAGCAGCUCCAGACCGUUCAAACGUUGGACAUGUGUUGCACAGUGGGAGCGCUGCUGAACCCCAGGCCGGUGCAGCAGGUCGCCCUGAGCGCCGGAGGCCAGAAUGAAAACACAAACACCCAAUGUUCCCGCUGCACUCGAAUGCACCUUCACAGCCCCCGCCCCGAUUCUUCCUCUGAGGCACCAGCUGCUGAGUGAUCUCUGGCCAACACAGGGUCACGUCUGAUAUUUACACCUGCUCCUUAUUACAAACUCAUUACAAACACCUGCUACUGGCAGCAGCCGUCCACGUAACACACUUUAUUCACUUACAGCGCGAGGAGCAACUUAGGACUUGUUAAUUCACAGCUUGAUUCAAGUUACAAUAACUACGAAGCGGAGGAUUAGCCUGGACUGAGCAGGUGUUUGUAGAUGUAAUGAUCGGGAAACGUCACACGAUGUCACACUGUCGAAGCCAAAACAAUCUGCUUUGACUCAGACGAAGGUUUCCUUGUAGAAACGCUCGUCAUUUGAAGGUGGAUGCGGGAACAUGACAGUCAGCGUCUGCACAGAACGCAGCAGAGCGUCUCUGAGGAACGGAGAAGUCGCAGCACAAGCUGAAAUCUACAGGAAUCGAUGGACGUGAAAAUCCCUGAAACCGUUUCCUGCUCUGACGGACGAUGCUGAGUGUCAGUGGCAGCGAACGGAGCGCUUCGGUCCAACGGGAACAGGCCGUUUUAGCGUGUUUGUGUUUUCAUGUAGUUUGAAUAAGAGGGGGUUCAGCAAAGUUCCAGCUGGAGUGAUCGUCAUAUCGGCCUAAAAAGAAGAACUUCUUCUGGCCUAAAAUCAAACUUUACUGUACAAUUCAGAUUAAAUCUGAUGAGCUGAAAUCUACUGGUCCAGGUGAGAAGCUCCAAAGGCACUGGGUUGUAAAUAACAACAAAUGCUGAGUUUUGGUUUUUCAUUUUCUACUCCAUAACUAACGUUGCCUACUCGUACCUGUACCUGCUGCCGUGCUCCAGCUUCAUCCAUGACCUUUUAUGUUUUUAAUGGGUUUCUUCACAGUCAGACUGCUGUUUGGUUAAAGAAAUGCCAAAACGUAGCUUUAUCAUCCAACGACAAAAGCAUUAUCAACGUGUGAAAUUGUAAUAGUGUAUGAUGCAUAGUGUAAACUUCAUGAAUUUCAAUAUAAAGAUACCAACACACAA